GAAUAUGUGAACCUUCCUACAUGCCCCAUUCUGCUGUAGACUGUUUAGAUGCAGAGGACAGAACCAACACUAGAGUGAGGAACUCAUUCAGGUGAGAUCUUACAUCUUUAAAAAGCUAAAUAUUGAACAAUGGAGUUUCACAUGAACAACACCUCAUGGAAUGAAAGUUGUAAUUCCACCAACAACAGUUGUAAAACUCCUCAAGCCUUUCAGUGCUUUCAAGGCAGUGAAGGAUUCAUCUUGUAUGUUUUUACAUGGAUCAUCAUCUGCGUCGGCCUUCCUCUGAUCCUACUGGCCAUCUACUCACUGUGUUCUAUGGUCAGAAAGGAUCACAGUGCUCCAGUCUACGUCAUCAACCUCCUCAUUUCUGACACGAUUCAGUUCCUCUGCAUGAUUGGUUGGGUGGCUGAAAAAAACUGCAACAGUAUUUUUCUUUAUAUUUAUCAUUAUGGUCUGUUCUCCGGUGUUGGCUUCAUGGUGUGUAUCUCCCUAGAAAGGUAUCUGGUUGUCGCCUGGCCACUGUGGUACAGAUUCAGAAGAACCAUCAAGACCUCUGUGGUGGUCUGUGUCCUAGUCUGGAUCCUUCCUCUUGUUGUUAUAAUCCUAGCCCAGAUUGCUGCUCAUGUCGUACCAACCAUCGUUGCCAUCUACCUCCUCCUCCCCCUCCCUCUGUUCAUCUUCUUCCUGGGUGGGACUCUUAAAGCCCUCUCUGGAUCCAUCAGUGUCUCUUCUGAUGAAAAACGAAGAAUUGUGGCUGUUUUCAUCGUAGUCCUGCUUAUUUACAUACUGCUGUUCCUGCCCAGAAUCAUGUGGUUACUGUCAGGAGAAGACAAAACAAGCUCUCGCUCCAUCCUUGUGUCUAACAUUCUUCGUCAGCUGAGUCCUCUUGCAGACUUGAUUUUGUACAUUUUCAUGAGGAAAGGAGCCGCAGACAAGAUUUUGGCCUCACUGUGUUGUUGCAGAAUGCAGCUUCAGGAAUCACCAGAUGAACAGCAUGAAUAACGACGGCAUGUACACAGUCAGCUUCAUGUAGACAGGAAGUAGACGUUUUAGUUUGGUUGUUGCAGUAGGAGGCAGUGGCCAGCAGGUGGUGCUGCUGUCAUUUCUGACACAAAAUCUUCACUGGGGCUUUUCAAUCAUUACCAGUCAAGGAGACAACAACAUCCAUAAGAAAUGGAGUAAAAUCCAUCAGAUCAGCUUCAUGUUGAAGAAAAUGGAGAAAAGCCUUUCCACCAGAAGUUCGCCGCGUGAGUUCCUAUUGUAGACGAGAUGCUGCAGGUCUCUUUGGGAGACCCUACGAGGGACUUCUAGCCCAGACAGCAUAACUCCCAGGGUCACAGGGACACAUCAACCCCCCCUCAAAUAGAACAGGACUAUAAAAAAUGUGAUGUUGUAAACACUGUGUCAAUUGUCACAUUAUUUUUGUUGAUUAUGAUGAAAUUUUAAAUUAAAAUAUAUAUUUAUUCUCAGCUACAGUUAUACUGUAUACUAUAGCACUGAUCAUCAUUAUGGAAGCUACAGCACCAGACAUGGCUGCUAUAGAGGCAAAGAUAGUUGGAUUAUAACUUGCAUCUUCCUUCCUUUGACCUUAGUGUCCAUCUACACAGUUUAUGCAGAAUGGAUUUUUACAGGUUGACUUUGCUGGGAGGUAACAGUGCAUUAACCCAAAUGUAGUUAUUAUGACGUAGGUUCAGAAAAAAAGACAACACCUCCAUGUCAUUCUAUUUCAAAACAUUGAUGUGUGUGUUUCUCUGUCUCUUUUUUCAUCUCAGUUGUCACGCUUCCCAUCCCUCUGUUUUCAUUGCUUCCUCUUCCAUCUUUCAUUACACCAUAGCUAACAGACAGACUCCCACAGGUUUUUAUCAGUGUGGGUUAAACUGGUUGAGGUUUGAGUUGAGUUGUGUAACCCUGCAUCAGUUUAUAGUCUCUGGACUGUCAGUUCAGGGGGUUGAGGUUUUGCUGAGGACACAGCAGCAACUUAUCACACUGAUACAAAGUUUUUCUUCUGAUAAGAAUCAAUAAAACUGAACCACUGUUUUUCUGUCACUGA